AUGGGUCCUUCCUCGAGCGACGAAAUGACCUCGUCCGACGCGCACUUCCGUCUUUCAUCGAGAACUGGAGGCGUUGGCAACGCCGACAACAGUAUCGUUCCCGGCCUCAACGCGCCCCAUCCCUACCAGGGGUUCCCCGGGCGCGUCUUGACCACGGCAACAAAUGGACUGCCGCUCUCAAUGAGUCAGAAGAUGCGCAGAUCAUCUCGGGGUGCGAAGAACCAGCACAGACUACAACACAGGAAUAUUGCUCCGGUCUAUGCGUAUUUCGUUUGCGAGGUCAACCACGACCCGAACCAGGACCUCAAAGAAAAAGGGUUCACAGCAGACUCCAGGCUCCUGCGCAGUGUUUUCUCGCACUACAUCGAGGCCGUGGAUUUCUUGCACGGCCACGGCUAA